AUGCAAUACCGCUCGCCCCACCCAAUAAGUGUCUGUCAUUUUGAUGUGUGGUUGGCCUUGCUGUUUUCAUGUCGGCGCUCAACGUACGACUAUUUUCAUGAAAAACCGGGAGGUUUACUGUCGAGGGGAGGGAAGCUAGGCCCGAGCGCCGGCAACAACGGGACGCGGGGUGAUCAGACCUUUGGAUUGUAAUCUUCUGUCAUUGGGUAGUGUGCCGAAAUCGACGCUCGUGAGAUUGAAGCCAGUUCCAAACUGGCGAAGGUAGCGACCGUUGUGUCAAGUAUGGGUUGUUUUGGAAGGAAAGAAGAUGAAGAUGACAAAAAUGCAAAAGAGGCGAACAAGAGAAUUGAAAAACAAUUACAGAAGGACAAACAGUUAUACAGAGCGACGCAUCGUCUUUUGUUGCUAGGUGCCGGUGAGUCAGGAAAGUCUACGAUUGUGAAACAAAUGAGGAUAUUACACGUUAAUGGAUUUGGACCAGAGGAACGUAAACAGAAAAUUGAAGACAUUAAAAGAAAUGUCCGAGAUGCGAUUUUGACAAUUACGGGUGCAAUGAGCACGCUCAACCCGCCAGUUGUGCUAGGAAACCCAGAAAACCAAUUCCGUGUUGAUUAUAUACAAGAUAUUGCCAGUCAACCAGAUUUUGAGUACCCAAGUGAAUUUUAUGAACACACUGAGCUUCUGUGGAAAGACAAAGGUGUACAGGGAUGCUUCGAGCGGUCAAAUGAAUACCAACUCAUUGACUGCGCCCAGUAUUUUUUAGACCGAGUGCACAUAGUGAAAUUGCCGGAUUACACGCCAACCGAGCAGGAUAUAUUGCGGUGUCGGGUACUAACAUCAGGAAUAUUUGAAACUAAGUUUACAGUUGAUAAAGUAAAUUUUCACAUGUUUGAUGUAGGGGGUCAGAGAGACGAGCGUAGGAAGUGGAUCCAGUGCUUUAAUGAUGUGACGGCCAUCAUCUUCGUCACAGCCUGCAGUGGCUACAAUCUGGUCCUGCGAGAGGAUCCCAGCCAAAAUAGACUCAGAGAAUCCUUAGAACUUUUUAGGAGUAUCUGGAAUAACAGGUGGCUCAGAACAAUAUCUGUAAUUUUAUUCUUAAACAAGCAGGACCUAUUAGCAGACAAAGUGAGAGCUGGAAAAUCAAAAAUAGAGGACUACUUUACUGAAUUUUCCAGAUACCAGACCCCACCAGAUGCUGUGUUUGAGUCUACAGACGACCCGGAGGUAGUUCGGGCCAAAUAUUUCAUCAGGGAUGAAUUCUUGCGGAUCAGCACGGCCAGCGGCGAUGGCCGACACUACUGCUACCCCCACUUCACCUGCGCGGUCGACACCGAGAACAUCAAACGAGUUUUCAAUGAUUGCCGAGAUAUCAUUCAGAGGAUGCACUUACGUCAGUACGAGCUUCUGUGAUGCUGCCGGCCCAUAGCUGGAGCUGGUGGCGAGCUUGACAUUGUGGUGAAGAGACAUCGUAUAUGAUGAUGUGAUGAUGAUGAUGUGAUGAUGUCUACUGCAUCUUUCAAGGGACUCAAUCAUGUCACCCUAUCUCUCUCUCUCUCUCUAGCUCUUGCGCCUCGCUCGAGCCGUGUCACAAGUGAUCACGUGACCUCGCCAACUGUGGUACUUAGUGUCCUGGUUGACCACAGGAAGUUGGUGUUACGGCUAGCAGCGAAGUGAGGCGAGCGAGCGAGUGAGCGACACUUGCACCAGGAGGAACAACACUGUGUUUGUACUAUACAAAACCACACUGUCUAUCUUUAUUUUGUCCAAUCAGUGCAGUUGUUUUCGUCUACGAGUCGGCGACCAUGUUUGCGGAGUGGAGCAAAUUUUGUUAUGCGAGUGUUCCAGUGGAGCUUUACCAUGUAGCAGCAAGAGGAUUCAACCAAUCACUGUCUAGUGCGUACGUACAUAUGCCAAACACAGGCUCCACGACUCGACCGUCCGCCAUCGUGCGACGAGCUAUCUGCGGUGACUGACAUGGGCUGAUUCCUGUGUUUGCUGUAACAGUCUGCUGCCAAUGUGCGGCCAGACCACAAUAUGCAGAUUUUGUUUGAUUGUAAUAUUUGGAUGACCUGCAGCCGUUUCUAUGACAACUGCUGGCGGCACCUAUCGUCCAAUCAGCUGACUGAAUGAGGAACUCUUGUCCAACCGGACUGUGGAUUGCUAACAUACUGUUUCUUUGGUGUCAGUUGGUUAUUUGGAGUCGCAUAUUUGUGUAUAAUGUUGACUCUUUUCAAAACAAGUAUUUGUAUGAACAUGACUUGUACUGUAUAUGACUACGCUUGACCUUCUGUGAGCACUUCGUUUGCUACCUGUGGGUGUCCGUCCGUCCAUCUAUCUAUCAGUUGGUCGGUCAGUCAUCCAGAGCCGCUGUGCAUGUUCGCGUGUAUGUUCGUACGUACAUAUGCGCGUCUGUCUGUAACACUGCUGGCGUGAGGCCAAAAUCGAGGAAUGAAGGGUCCAUCAUCGUGUUACUCCGCCCUAAUGUUUUGUUAAGUUGUAAAUUAGUUGUAAAAAUAUGUACUUGGAAGAUUCCAUGCUUGUUUCACUGGGUAUUUACGCGUGUUUUAGAUUGAAGUAGACCGCACUGACCGCCGUGUCCUCUCGUGCAUCGGUGGUACGAACUGGAUCAAGUGCACUAGUUGUAUCACGGCAGUUAGCAAGAUCCAACUGUUAUUCUCGAUUGAUCAUUUUCUUUUAAUUUUCUCCAUAUUUUUAACAAAGUACUGAGGACUAAUUAGAAGUUAGCUAGAGGGAGGGCAUUGGUGUCUACGAUAUUUAUCUCUGAUUUGAUUUGAUUUCCGAAAUUAUGUGAUUUGUUUGAUUUUGAACACGAGAUAUGACACUAGUUUUGCGAGCCUGUUGGAAGUGUCCCUGGUUAUUAUGCUCUGUCCUCUCCGACAGUUCUUGUGCAGACUGCUAGGGUACAUUUUAUCCAUUGACAUCACACAAUGUACAUAUCCAUAUUGAUGCGAAAAGCUGUGAAGAUUUGUUGUUAUUGUUGGCUGUGUAUUACCUUCCUUCCACAGCCGUCGAUGUUGCCGCUGCCGCCGCCGCCGCUGCGUAAAGGAUACUGUUGUUACAGUACAGCACAACAAACACAUUAUUUAUUUAUUUACUAUGAAUUUUGUGCUUGAUGAUUAAUGUUUUAUAUCUUCUUGACCGGAGACUUUUACAUACAUUUUAUCAAGAAUUACUGCGAGAAUAGCCAACAUACAAUGAAACUGAUGGACUGUUUUGUUCUUGGUGUUUUACUAGUUUUACCAGAUAUAUUUUGCUCGGCCUCGUUGCUGACCGGAAAAGUUCAAGUAAAUGUAAAUGUUCAAGGUCUUGAAACUUCAGAAUUGUUGAGAAUGUUUUAAAUUGACUUUGUUUAUACAGCUUGUCCUUGAAAAAAGUUUCAGUAAAAGAAAAUAACUGUGUGCAUAUCUGGUACAAAUUCUGUUUCACAACAAGUGGUUUGUUUAACGCACCAAAUGUAUGGUAUGGAGUAAUUUUUGUGUAAACGCAUGUAAAUAAUCUUGACCAAGAAGUUGACAUAUACAAUUACGUGGAGAUACCAGGUUCACACACGUCUAGAGGGAAACUAGUGUUUCACUUAUUAUCAUGCGUUUUUGUCGCCAUAGUUACUGGCACCUGAUUGGCCAAGCGAUUCUUGUCGUCAUGGCGACUGGCCAGUGAUGGCCAGUACAAGGAUGCCAGCGGCAUUUUGUAAACAUCUACAUCUCCGUCUACAUUAUGCAACUGACUGUGAUGAGAUCCGUGACGUUGGUGCGGCCAUGGCCGCCAACAAUAGAAUCAAUUAAUAUUGAGUGCUAUUCGUGUUCCCACUUAUCUCUCUGCUACGAUGUAUGGGACAAUUCACCGAGGGCCAAUUAUGUUUGUCCUAUAUCUCCAAUCUCUAACAUUAGACCAGACAAUCUUGUGUUGGACGCAACAUCUGUGGCUGAUUGCUCACCCGAUCACAUGAAGCGAAAUUUCAUUUGUAAAAGAAAACAUUGUCAUUCCUAGGGUGGCCCAAUUAGAUGUUGAUGAAAUAUUUGUCUACAAGGAAUAUUAUAACCAAGCAGUUUAGAUAGACACAGUUCAAAUGCCAUCUUUUCAGAAAUUCUAACUGUACCUUAUUCGAGAGAUUUAUCAAGGUCAUUUUUUUUAAAUGAUUUUAUUUUUUUCAAUUUGAUGAAAUGGGCAGAUUCAGGUGGUGUGAACAGUUGCGAAAAUUUUGACUCGAGUUUUGGCAAAUGUAAGUUUAGAAAGUUUCACAUCAGCUGCGUAUACAAGAAGUUUACAAUACCUUGUUUAUGGGUAAACACCAGCUGUAUGGAAGGAGCAUUUUGAUAUUGCAUGAGGAUAGCAUGAAAACUAGUCCUCAGCUGGUCCGACUUUGACACCACUUUCAAUGCCAAAACAUAACAGCUACCUGUAUCAGAUUGUUACCAUUAACUCUUACUGUUGAUUUUAUCAUGUACAUUACUUGCGUGAAAUGGUGAAUCAUAUCUUAUGUUUAAAUGUUUCUUUCAUCAAGACAGAGAGGAGCUCGGUUCCUCUUGUGAUACCCACACAAUUCUUGGCUCCAAGUAGGUACAAGUCCUGCCAGUGAAAUGCCAUUGGAUGAUUUGUUUUUAUUAUUAUAAUUUUUGCUUUAAUCACAACUGCAUAGUAUCUGUUGACGUAGCUGAAAAGUUUUAUUUUUUCAUAACGUUUAUGUUUGAAGGAACAUUGACUUGUUUAGCUGAUUAUGCAUUUCUCAUUACCAUCUUUGAAAGUCAGCUCCAAGAUUCGUCUUGCUGUUAAAGGGAGGUAACUCCACCCUGCGUUAAUGGAAGGCUAUUCUCAAGACUGGGUUCUGAUCUUAAACUAGAAACAGGUGUAAUCUCAAUCAUGUUUGUUUUUACAAUUCUACCACUAUCAAGUGCCAUGGAUCUGGAAAUUGUUUAAAAGACCAAAAAAAAUCAAUUUUAUCUAACUCUUUUCUUUUAGUUGUGAUUAGAAAUACCCAGGCUUGCAUUAACGUGAUUAAUGGUCAAGUUCUUCUGCCUUCUAAUGUUGAGUUACGUGACUUGACAGUGUUUGGGGGGCAGCACAGUCUGACAAUAAGUGGCGCUUUACAUGUUGCUGUUAACCUCCGAUUGGCUGAAUUUAGAAAAUUCCCCAUGAUCAGCUAAAUCAGUUACCUGGCCUUUGUAAACUUUCCAAUGAUUGAGUAAUAUUGCUUCUGGCCUUCAUUAAAUCUGUAACUACUGGUUGAAUCUGGCCUUUGGCAUAGCUCUGUAAACUCCCCCUGAUUGGCUGAAUCUGGCCUUUGGCCUCAGUAAACUUUCCAAUGAUUGGCUGAAUUUAGCCUUUGGCUGCUCAAUGACCUUUUUGUGAUCUGUUGAUCAGCAAUAACAAUAGGUUUAGCCAAAUGUCGGGUACAUGUCUCUGGGCUCACUGGCUUGCUGGAGUAGUCUGACAGACUCCCAGUCCGUGGGACAGUCGAGCUGCAGUCGGCUGCUGGGGUUUCUCUACCAUGUGUCAAUUGUCUGUAUUGUAAAAUAAAAACAAUUUCUUACUAAAUA